AUGGCGGUCUCUUCAGCGUCUGUGGUGUUCUCUGCUCCCAGCUGCAGCGGCCCGCUGAGCGCUCGCCACAACACGCCCGAAGAGCACGAUGAGACCAUGAGCGCCCAGGAGCCGCCGGUCCCCGCCGUCCGGAAGCCGGACCCCGCCUCCGACUGGGGCGGCCGGCCGCCCCCCCCCCCGCGGCGGCUGGGACGGGGAGCAGCCGCGCUCGCUGCCCCUGACCAGCUCCAGCCUCUCUUUUUGCCGGCCCCCUCACGGCUUUCCGCCGGGCCCACGCCGUACCCCAGCCAGGCGGCCGGCGGCUGCCUCCACCCCAGCUUCGCCAGCAGCUGGUCAGGCUACCCCAACAGCCUGCCCUCCUGCCUGAGCCAGAAGGACCAAUCCAGUUUCUCCGAAGAGAGCUGCCUCUCCAGGUACAAGUCCUUCUCGCUCCCGGGCCGCCACAGCCCCGACAUGAUGAGCUUGGAGCAGCCUUUCUCUCUGCGCUCCAACCCGCCUCUGGCCGACUUCUGCCACCACACGCUGUCUCCGUACUCCUGCCCGCCCCAGGCGCCCCUCUGCUGCGGCCAGUGGCCCGCGGACGCCUUCAGCCGGAGGCCCGCGGCCGCCAACCCCCCCUGGCCUCAGUACCACCAGGCUAACGGCCAAUGCUAUCCAGGAGACUACAGACUUCCAGGAGCUGAUUUUUCCCAGCUCGGCCCGAACGGCCCGGCCAAAGAAAGACCCCCGGCCCACAGCACGCCGCUGUCCCUGGAGCAGAGGAAGGUCUUCGUCACCUACGAAGCGGACAGCGACAAGCACGUCAGCAACAUCAUCAACUUUGUGGCGCUGCUGAGGCACAACGGCUUCGACACUCACAUUGACAUAUUUGAGCAGCAGUUCAGAAGCAUCAGCAAAAUCGACUUCAUGGAGCGCUAUCUCACCGAGAAAGAGUACCUGAUCAUCAUCAUUAUCAGUCCCAAGUACUAUGAGACGGUGACGGCGUCCCCAUUUGAGCUGGAGAACGACGAGAGGACCUUCAACACGGUGUACAUCCACAAACAGCUCCAGAGUGAAUUCAUUCAGAACGGAAGCAAGAAUUUCAGGUUCAUUCCCAUUUUGUUCCCCGGGGCCAAAAAGUGUCACGUUCCCAACUGGCUUCAAAACACGCACGUUUACGCUUGGCCACGCGAUCGGGACGACAUCCUACGGCGGCUGAUGCGGGUGGAGAAGUAUAACCCGCCCCCCAUUGGGGAACUCCCAACCAUAGUUUCCAUCCCCAUCUAGAAUACUAAUCCGAGGACAGAACGGGAUUGAGAUUCAACCCCUCGCUUUGUGGAAAUCCGUUACUGGCAACCUUUUUUUGGUCUUUUUUUCCCCCAUGUGCGACUAUUAAAGCUCCUUUGAGCUCCUUUUUAGAUUUUUUUUAUUUUUUAAACGAAAUGUGAAAACGGAGGGAAGAGCCGAUCAGAUUUGAUCGUAGGUGAGAUUUUUUUUCACGUUUCACUUGGAGUAAAUGUUCGCAAUAUUUUAUUAAAGUGCGUUUAUGGUAAGGCUGUGGUUUUCAAUGCGUAAACACUGACAGAUGGUGCAUUGUGUUCCAGGUGCUUAUUUAACGCACACAGUUGCUGUAGCAACAGGAAUAUACCGACAUCUGACUUAGUACGCUGUGUUUCUGUGUAAAGAUUGUUGCUGGAAUCAAAGUUAAAUGCUUGUGUCCGUUGGAAUGAACUCUCUGAAGUGUGCACACAGCACUGUGGGGGUGUGGGGGGGGUUCACCUCUGAAAUUAAAUUAUGGCAAGACCUCAACUGUUGUCACAAGAUGCUUCUAUUAAUCAGGUCGACACUGUCUGGGAUUGCAAAACAAACUAUUUUCUGCCCCUCAUUUCCUAAUUCUGGGCGGGGGGGGGUUGGGGUCUUUAAAGUUCAGAUAAUGUAAUGCAGUAGCUGUAAACAGGGGUGGGUAGUGCACAUGUGAGCAAAGGCUUUUGGUCUGAUCUGUGAACUCCGGCCUGUGACUGCAUGCUUGUAGUCAACCACCGACAAGCAGAGGCUUGAGUUUAUUUGCCUGCAGGGCACAAGAGAUUUUUCAAAUACUGGAGUCGUGAGAAUGUAAAGAUGCUCAGCUAUUAAAAUGAAUCAAACAACUCCUUCAACACUUAACAAUUCAGCAAAAAUCCAGUCAAGCUGCUCGCCUAUCUUUUUUUGUUUUUCCCCUACGCAGGAGAAACAGACGCUACCAAUGAGCUGUGACUUGCCUUCUGCUAAAGUGCUUCAACAGGAUGUCAUAUCAAGAUAAGCAGCUGACGAAGCUGCCUGUCUGAUGUGUGGUAGGACAAGAAUCUGCAAUUUUGUGCUCGAAACGGGGUCAUCACAAGCUGCUUGCGGUUAGAGAAAAAUCACAUGCAGCACCGUGACACAUUUAAAGAAAAACAAGCCCAAUCCGAUGUGUCCUUCAUCUCUUUCCGGGCGCAGAGUGUAUAAAUGAGUCCUUCGUCUGAAAAGGUGGACAAAAGAAAAAAAGUCCAUCAUCAAACGUCUGUUCUAACUAUGACGCAAUUUAAGAUGGGAGAGAAAAUCUGAACGCAGUAUUCGCGCAAGCUCACCCGAA